AUGCCUUGCUUUUGUCAUCAUUUGUCGGCUUUUUACCUCUUUGUUUCAAAAAGCGAACAAAUCGGCACAAUGUUAAGAUACACCAGAUGUUCGAGCGAAAAAAAAACCGGUCCUUUCCUUUGUUUCUCAACAGCAUUGAAACGAUUACCACACAAUCGGAAACUCUUAUAA